GGCAGCAGGUCAUGGCGCAGCUGUGUGAGCCGCGGCGGGGCCGGGCGCUCCUCGCCCUGCUAGCUUCGCUGCUUCUCUCCGGGGCCCAGGCGGCCAGCAGAGACCUAGACGUCCACGAGUCUUGUGGAGUUUCGAAGGUAGUGGGGAAAUGCCGGGCUUCCAUCCCCAGGUGGUGGUACAAUGUCACGGAUGGGUCCUGCCAGCCAUUUAUUUAUGGAGGCUGUGAAGGAAAUGGCAAUAACUACCAGAGCAAGGAGGAGUGUCUUGACAAGUGUGCUGGUGUCACUGAGAACACCAUUGAUGGCGUGGCCAGGAGCAGGAAUGGAGCGGACUCUUCGGUCCUGAGUGCUCCCAGAAAGCAGAAUUCUGAGGACCUUUCUGGUGAGAUCUUCAACUAUGAAGAAUACUGUGUCCCGAAGGCCGUCACUGGGCCAUGCCGUGCCGCCUUCCCUCGCUGGUACUAUGAUGCUGAGAAGAACUCCUGUAACAGCUUCAUCUAUGGCGGGUGCAGAGGCAACAAAAACAGUUACCUCUCCCAGGAAGCAUGCAUGCAGCACUGCUCUGGUAAGCAGGCGGAUCCUUUCCUGACCCUGGGCACAAAAGCGGUGAUCCUGGUGGGGCUAUUCAUCAUGGUCCUCAUCUUCCUCCUGGGAACCUCUAUGGUGUACCUGAUCCGUGUGGUUCGCAGAAAGCAGGAGCGUGCCACGCGCACCAUCUGGAGCACUGCGGAUGACAAGGAGCAGCUGGUGAAGAACACCUGUGUCUUGUAGAGACUCCAGUGCUCAGAGAACCGGGAGGUGGGGACCACAUGUGCUGUUUGAAAAGAUAGCAGCUGCCUGUGUCUGUGAUCAUUAGGAAGUUUGUCUUUGUUUCCAGCCCUGCUGAGCGGCUUAGGGCCUCCUGACCCUGU